ACACACAGCCUUAACUCUCUCCUUCUCUCCUCCUCCUUCUUCAACCUAAAACCUCUCUCUAUCUCCCCAUGGUUUGUUGAGCUUCCUCGCCAUUAAACGCAGCGUUUUUGACUUCAAAUGGCGGUGGAGAUGAUGAGCUUUCCGAAGAUGGAAGACCAAAAGGCCAUCCAGGAGGCCGCGUCGCAAGGCUUGAAGAGCAUGGAGCACCUGAUUCGUUACCUCUCUCACCAGCAACUGUCUAACCAGCCCUCCUCUCGCGUGGACUGCACCGACCUCACAGACCACACCGUCUCCAAGUUCAAAAAGGUCAUUUCCCUUCUGAACCGGACCGGCCACGCCCGGUUCAGGCGCGGACCGGUCGCCGCGGUUCCGGCUCACCAUCAUCAUCAUCAUCAGUUCUCUUCUUCUUCUUCUUCCACCUCUCUCCCCUUCCCUCCCUCCCAGACCCUGAGCUUGGCUCCGGCACCCGUCGCUUCCCCGGCGAUUGCUCCUCCGGCUCCGGUCAAAGCUCCGGAGACUAAUUUUGCUCAUUCCAUGACGCUUGACUUCACCAGGCCUAAUGCGCUGGCCUCAAACCCUAAGUGCACCGACAUCGAGUUCAGCGUCUCGUCCAGCUCGUCGUUCAUGUCGUCGGCCAUCACCGGAGACAACAGCGUCUCCAACGGCAAGCUCGGUCUGUUCAUUGCCCCCAAUCCGGCCCCUGCCGUCUCCGGCGCCAAGCCUCCGCUCUCCGCCGCGCCGUUUAAGAAGCGGUGCCACGAGCACGACCACUCCGACGAUGUCUCCUGCAAGUUAUCCGGAUCCGGAUCCGCUUCCGGGUCGGGCAAGUGCCAUUGCUCCAAGAGAAGGAAAAAUCGGGUGAAGAAAACAAUCCGAGUCCCGGCGAUUAGUUCAAAGAUUGCCGAUAUUCCGCCGGACGAGUACUCCUGGAGAAAGUACGGCCAGAAGCCGAUCAAAGGCUCACCUUACCCAAGGGGUUAUUACAAGUGUAGUACAGUGAGGGGGUGUCCGGCGAGAAAACACGUGGAGCGAGCACCGGAUGAUCCGGCGAUGCUGAUUGUAACGUACGAGGGGGAGCAUCGACACGCUCCGGAUAAUAUGAGCGGCGGAGUUGGGAUGGUAUUCGAGUCAACGUGAUAGGGAAAGUGGGUGGAGGAAGAGGGUUCUUGCUUUGUUUUGUGUUAAAGGUUGAAGCAGUUGAGAGGGAGAAAGGAUGGAUGUAAAUUUUUUUUUUUUUUUUUUUAAUUAAUUAAUUAGGAUAAUGGGGCAGAAUCUCAAUCUGUCAUCAAUCAAAUUAAAAUUUAAUUCUACUCUUUCGUUUCUUGAUUUGCCA